AUGCAUGCAACCUUAGACAAUGGUGAGCAGAGUCCAGUCAACCAGGCGGGACUUUGCCUGUUAUCCCUAGACGGCGGCGGCGUCCGUGGACUAUCGACGCUUUUCAUACUCAAGAGCAUCAUGGAUGGAUUGAACAAGAUACGUACACCUGGCUCUCCACGCGUGAAGCCUUGUGAUGUCUUUGAUCUUAUCGGUGGAACAAGUACUGGCGGUAUCAUUGCCAUCAUGUUGGGCCGACUCGAGAUGGACGUCGACGAAUGCAUCAAGGCAUAUGUGAAACUCACGGAGCGGGUCUUUAAAGAGAAGAAGCACUGGAUCCCCUUGGGAUACAACUUUGAUAUCAAGUCACGAUUCAAACAGAGCGAGUUGAAGGCAGCAAUUUUGGAGGUUCUUGCCGAACAUGGUGCCGAUGAGCAUACUUUGCUCAAUGACGGACGCGAUCGCAAAUGCAAACUCCGCGACAGAUCUAACAUCUCUGCAACCAUCUGCGAGGCUGCACUUGCCACAUCUGCUGCCACAAGCUUUUUCGAUCCAGUUUCGAUUGGACCUUACACAUUCGUGGAUGGGGCGUUCGGUGCGAACAACCCAGUUGAAUAUGUGGAAGAAGAGGCUUCGAGCAUCUGGUGUCCGGAGACAGAGCUGAAGCCGCUUGUGAAGACAUUCAUUUCAAUCGGCACCGGCGUUCCCAGUACACAGGGUAUUGAUGGUAAUGCACUCAAAAUCCAUGCGACGCUUGCCAGCAUUGUCACCGAGACAGAAAGAACAGAGCAAAAGUUUAUCAGGAGAUGGGCUGGGCACUUCAAUCAACACCGCUACUUCCGCUUCAAUGUGCAGCAGGGGCUACAGACGGUUGGUUUGGAGGAGUAUGAGCAGCAAGAAUUGAUUAGGUCGGUAACGGAAGGCUACAUUGCGCACUCGGACUGCACAUCUCGCAGGAAGAAAUGCGUUGAGAAUCUUGUUCAGAAGCAAGAGAAGACCCCUCUUAAUUUUGCUAAAAUACAGGCUGAUUAUGUGGAAGAACUUUAUAAAAGAAUCCCCUUCAACCACAACAUCCCUUUCCAAGCCAAUGAAAGAUUCGUCGAUCGUGAGAACGAGAUCAGCCAACUAGAGGAACUCCUGUUUUCAGAAUCCCCAUGUUACAGGGUCGCAAUUACCGGUCUCGGCGGCAUUGGGAAAACGCAGAUUGCACUUCAACUAGCCCACAGAACGUACAGAGAACGAGAAGGAUACGCAGUCUUCUGGAUACAAGCGACCAGCAUCGAAAGCGUUCAGAAAUCAUACGCCGAGAUAGCCAGAAAGCUAAAACUUCCGGGAUGGGACGACGAAAAUUCUGAUGUCAAAACACUGCUGAAAGACUAUUUGAACACAAGGGCCGGAAAGUGGCUACUCAUUUUUGACAAUGCCGAUGAUUAUCCGAUGUGGGAUACAAAUUCCACAGGUAAAGCCGAGUCAGACCGGUUAAGUGAUUUUCUUCCACAGAGCGAACAUGGAAGAAUACUUUUCACUACACGUUUCAAGCAGGUCGCGAAAUGUCUUGCAAAAAGGGUUAUCGAGGUUCACGAGCUAGACGAAAAAAGCGCCAAAGACCUGCUUUGCCAACAUCUGAAUCCAUCACUUCUGAAAAAUGAGAACGAGAUUGUAUUUCUUCUCAGACAGCUUGCCUUCCUUCCUCUGGCAAUCGUGCAGGCUGCGUCUUUCAUCGAAGCAAAUGAGUUGAGUUGUAUUUCGGAAUACAGAAAACUUCUAGAUCGACCAGAGCAAGAAGUCAUCGAUCUUCUGAGCACGGAUUUCGAAGCCGAUGGUCGGUACAAUGGCCUGAAAAACCCCGUGGUGACAACAUGGCUGGUCUCAUUCGAGCAUAUCUGCAAAAAGCCAUCAUCUCUAGCAGCUCAAUAUCUGUCCUUUGCCGCUUGCGUUGAGCCAAAAGAUAUUCCUAUAUCUCUCCUGCCGCCAGCGAAAACUCCAAUGGACAAGACUUCAGCCAUUGGGACAUUGAAAUCGUUUUCAUUUGUGACUCAGGAUAUAACGAACAACUCCCUGACUAUCCAUCGACUUGUUCAUCUUGCUACACGAAAUUGGCUGCGACAGCACAAAUCUCCAUCUAAAAUGUCCCUCACAAGUUCUUACAAGUCGGCACUGGAAACAAUGCACAUUGAUUUUCCAUGUGACGAGCCCGAGAAUCGGCAGAAAUGGCGGGCAUAUAUGCCCCAUGCUCUGCACCUUCUGCAAGCCGAUGAAACGCAAGGCAUGACCGAUCGAUACCGAAUGCUUGCCCGUGUCGGAGGCUGUCUCCAUAAGGAUGGUCGGAUCAAAGAAGCAGUUAGCUGUCUUGAGGAAUUGGUUGAAUGGCGGAAACAUAAUUAUGAUCAAACCCACCCAAUGCGACUAAGCGCUGAGCACCAACUCGCGGGCCUCUAUAAAGUGGAUGGACAGAAUGAAAAAGCGUUAAAACUAUUUCAACAUGUUGUCGGAGUUGAAAAGAGAAUACUUACCAAGGACGAUCACGACUUUCUCGUGGCUCAACAAGGACUCGCAAGUGCCUACAAGGCAAAUGGGCAGCUUGAAUCGGCCUUGCGACUACAGCAACAUGUUGUCAAAGUCAGGGAGGAAAUAUUAGCCGAAGAUCAUUGGGCUCGGCUAGCCUCGCAGCAUGCACUCGCGAACAUCUAUCAUGCGAACAAACAGAUCCCGCGAGCCCUGCAGCUAUUGGUGCAUGUCGUUAUGGUCAAAAGUAAAUCACUUGCCGAAAACCAUCCCUCUCGGCUAGCAUCUGAGCACCAACUCGCGCUCUUAUAUCAUGCGGAUGAGCAAAGCGAUCGGGCCUUCAAGCUACUGCAGCAUGUUGUGAGUGAACGGAAGAAAUUGUUUUCACAAGAACACCCUUCUCUACUAGCCUCUCAGCACUCACUCGCGAUUGUAUAUUUCAAUCAGGAGCAGACCGACCAGGCCUUGAAACUGAUGCAACAUGUUGUCGCAGUCAGACAGAGAGUACUUUCCGAGAGUCAUCCCUCUCGGAAAAAGUCAGAGGGUAUAUUGGAAAGCUUUAAUGACCUCAUCAAGGAUGGACAUACCUGUGGGACCAGAUUGCAGCCACUAUCAGACAUGGAUAUUGGGGACGAAUCAUCAUGA